AGCCCAUACCCAAAAUAAUAACUACGCGUUUGGAUGACGUAUUUCUCCCACUCGAUCCCAAUAUGGCCGAUCAUCUGCCAGCAAUACUCCAAAAUCCCUAAUCUUCUCCAAAUUUUAUCGUCCCCUUAAAAUUCAUCUCCUUCAGUCGCACGACCCCUAACCCUAACUUUGGUUCUGUAAUUCCUCUACAAUCAUCAUUCCCGUGUUUCUUCCAAUUUUUCUGGCCGGAAAUUUUGAAUUUUUCCGGCGAUCCCACGUUUUUUUUUUCAAUAAUUGUUUGAGAAAUGGUAUCCCCCGAAAAUCCCAAUUGGUUGUUUGAUUAUGGUUUGAUCGACGACAUCCCUGUACCAGAUGCGAAUUUCCCGGUCACGAGUUCAAGCUUCUCCUGGUCUAUUCAGCCCUUUAACGGCACUCCUGAUCCCGGUGUGGAAAUUGAUGGAUCGUUGGCAGAUCUUGAUGGUCGUCUAGAAUCUGGCUCAAAGAAGAGGGUCAGAUCUGAUUCAUGUAGUGCAUCAAGCUCCAAAGCUUGUAGGGAGAAAUUGCGGAGGGAUAGGCUCAAUGACAAGUUUCUGGAACUGAACUCCAUUUUGGAUCCUGGAAGACCACCCAAAACUGACAAAGCUGCAAUUUUAGUUGAUGCGGUUCGAAUGGUGAAUCAGUUGCGUAGCGAAACCCAGAAACUAAAAGAAUCGAAUUCAAGUCUCCAGGAGAAGAUUAAAGAGUUGAAGGCCGAGAAGAAUGAGCUUCGCGACGAGAAGCAGCGGCUCAAGGCAGAUAAGGAGAGGCUAGAACAGCAAGUCAAGUCGAUGCCUGCUCAACAACCUGGCUUCUUACCUCCACCAAUCCCCACAUUUGCUGCUCAGUGUCAAGCUCCUGGCAGUAAGUUAGUUCCUUUCAUUGGUUACCACCCAAGUGUUGCCAUGUGGCAGUUCAUGCCACCUGCUGCGGUGGACACGUCACAGGAUCACAUACUCCGGCCACCCGUCGCUUAACUUGGUAGCAACCAAGGUUGCCAUGAAGAAACCAUUGGCAGCAUCUGAUUGGUUGGGAUUUUGCCCCGGACCUUCAUGUUUAUUCUGCCAUUGUAGACUAAUGUAUUAGUAUUUUUAGUUAGUAGGUUCGCUUGUCAAUUGAUUUUGGGGCGGUCUAUGUUAUUUGUCAUUGGAUACUUGAAAGAACCUUACUGUUUUAAGUUUUGUAAUUGUAAAUGUGAAUAAGCGAGUGAUUUGGUAA